AUGAAUGAAGAUACUAAAAAUUUAUUAAAAAAGAUAUUGGAAAUGCAAUUGGAAUGCACAUAAUUAUUAACUAAUAUAUUAUUCAAAAAGAAUCCUCCUUCUAAUGAUGAUGAAUAAAAAAAUAAGAAAUUUGAAUAAAUAGAAGAAUCUAAAUUAAAUGGUUAAAAGAAAAAAGAUAGAAAAUCAAUGAAAAAUACAUUAUAAAUUGAUACACUUCUAUAAAAUGAAGACAAUAUCAAACUAUAACAAUUAUUUUAGAUGACUCCAAAAGGAUUAUUAUCACCUGAAUAAUGUUAUAAACAACUUAAUAUAAUUGUAUAGAAAUUUAGAUAAAUAAAUUCUUUGAAUAAUAAAUCUCUCCAUUUAGAUUUUGAAUCUAUAAAAGCAUAUCAUAGUAAAAACAAAUUUAAAUAUCUAAGAGCAAUAACUAAAUUAUUUGUUUAGAGUAUCAAGAAUUUAAAAUAGAUUUAAUCUAAAGAUAAUUAAUCUGAAAUGUUCUAAUGUCCUUCAUGUGAUUUUAUAGGUAUAAGCAGUGUAUUUUUCCCUCAUAUCUUGAAGAAACAUUGUUAAAAUUAUCAUGUAUUCUCUUGUUUUUUGUGUUCCAAAGAUUAUUAAUCUCAUACAUUGCUACAUACUCAUUUAAAAAGAUAUCAUAAUAAUUGUAAGAAGAAUUAACAAUAAGAAAUAAAUGCAUAACUUCAAUAAAUUGAUGAUUUGAGCAUAAGUCUAUGA